CGCCUCGGUAUCAGUGCGUGGCAGCCCGGGACCGGCGCGAGGCCGGCGACCAGUCAGGCGAGCCCAGCAGACGGAGCAGUGGCAGGCGAAGUGAGCGGUGCCCUCUGACAGCCGGGAGCAGCAUGGCAGAUGGAUCCCAGAAGAUGUGGGGCUCACGCCCGUUUUGGGGCGUUGGGUCCGAGUUUGACCCUUCAUGGACGCUGACCGACCGGCAGAAGAAGCUCGAGGCGGACCUCAUCGAGCUCUGCCGCAAGAAGAUACGACCUCACGCGAUCCACUGUGACAAAACCUACACCUUCCCACGGGAGUCGAUGAACGCCCUGGCCGACAUGGGGCUGCUGGGUGUGAUUGUCCCGAAAGAGCUGGGCGGACUCGGAGAGAGUCACGUGUGCGCCGCCAUGGUGGUCGAGACUCUGGCCCGCUACGGCUGCCCCAGCACCGCCAUGGUCUACACCAUGCACGUGGCGGCGCUGUCUGCCCUGCUGUUCCGCUACCACAACAACGCCACAAUCCAGGACCUGCUGCGCCGCCUGGACAAGGAGAGGCUGGUGGGCACGGUAUCCUACAGCGACCCAGCCACUGGCGGCCAUAUUUGGUUCCCGCUGUCGUCCAAGUGUCGUCAGUUGGACGCUGAGCACGUGAAGAUGCUCAAGUACGGCUCGUGGUCCACCUCGGCUGGGUUUGCUGACUGGUACGCCAUCCAGACAGUCAGCCCCGGUGCCAAGCCCGGCAACUUCGCAGACCUCACCAACUUCCUGGUCUUUAAGGACGAAGUUCGAGCGAAUUCACACGACUGGCUUUCCCUGGGCAUGCACGGUAACCAGUCAGGACCGGUGAUAUGUGAAGGCGUCCUGACCGUUGAUAGAAUGAUUGGCCCUAUAGGCGAUGGCUUCCGCUCCAGCCAAGAGCUCGUCACAUUCUUCCUGCUCCUGACUUCGGCCUGCUGGAACGGCAUCUCCAUGGCCUGCAUCGACCUGGUGAAGAAGCACGUCACCAGGAAGACGCACGGCGACGUAGGCAUGCGCGUGUGCGACUAUCCGACCAUCCAGGACUACUUCGGCCAGUGUGUGUGCGAAACCAGCGCCAUUCGCCUAAUGUGCGCGUCAUUGGCCACGAGUCUCGACCAAGUGACAGACAACAACAGCUGGGACAAGCACACGGACCUCGACUACAUGCCGAGAGCGCAGUUUGUCAUCUGGCUAUGGCAGCUGAAGUACGCCUCCUCAAAAAACGUAAACUACGUAUCAGAGAAGAUGCUACACGCGGCUGGAGGCUCCGGGUACAAAGUGGACCUAGGGCUGGAGCGUCUGCUGCGGGAUGGCAAGGCUGGAUGGCUGAUGGCGCCUAGCAACGAGGUGCUGCAACAGUUCGUCGGCAAGAUCGCUCUGAUGGGCAUGGAAACCGUGGACUUCUGGGAGCAGAAAAUCAACCACCGCGCGGUGCACCACGAGCUGAAGAAGAUGAGCUUGGAGCAGAAGGAGGCGCUCGCCAAGGAGCUGAUGGAGGACGUGCAAAACGGCCGCGCCUCGGCUGACAAGGUUGCCAGCAUCGACGAUGAGGAUUUCGAGAACCCUUUCAGCAGUGGGCCGCCCCAUUACGUCAACAAGACGCUGACUCUGAAUGGCCGCGAGUGCACGCCCGGCCUGAACCCGGACAGCUACACCAAGAUGACGCUCCAGAAGCGUUCACCCAUCGGCAACAACAUGGAGCAGUUUGACUUCGCGUACCCCAGCAAGGACAAGCACAGCGGCUGCCUGCCGGGGCAAUAUGUCAAGGUGCGGAUCCAACCCGCCGGCCACCCGGUGCAGGAGCGCUACUUCUCACCCGUGUCUCGACCAGACGAGCCCGACCGGCUGCAGCUGGUCAUCAAAUUCGAGACGGCUGGCAUCUUGUCGCACCAUUUCCAGCAGCUCGAGCCGGGAGAUUCGAUCGAGGUGAUGGGUCCGUGCGGCGGCUUCGAGUACCACGCCAACACCACGGAUCACCUGACCCUGAUGGCCUCGGGCGCCGGGGAUCACGCCCUGUCUGCAGCUGGUGCGCUCCAUCAUGGCGGACCCGCAGGACCGCACUCAGGUGCACCUGCUCUACCACUCCGAGACCAUCGACGAUGUCCUGCUCAAGGACGAGCUGGACAAAUACCAGGACACUGACCAUCGGCUGAAAAUCCUGUACAGCCUGGGCGAGGCGCCAGAGAACUGGGACGGCGAGGAAGGCUUCAUCGAUACCGACAUGAUCC